CCCCCGGCCCUGGUCAGAGCCCCGGCAGCCGGGAACCCGCUCUGUGUGCGGGCACCGGCGGCCUUGCCCGGCUCCGCUGGAAAUGUCAAACGGGAGCCGGACCCGUCAGCCCCGGGGCUCUGCGGCGGGAGGAGUGGACACCCGAAAGCAGCUGGAAAUAACUCCCCGGAGAAAAACUGAGUUUGGCUGUGCAGGGCAGAGAGGCAUCUGCUGGGGAGGAAACUAGAAUUGCUGCCUGGAGGUGGGUGACAUUUUUGUCAGAGGUCCAAGAGCAGAAGUGAAGGACCUGGAUGUGGGCCCAUCAUGGAACUCUGAGCCGGAUGCAGGGCAUGAGCCCCACAGCCCAGCUGGGCACUGCUGGCACCUGGCUCAUCGCCCCAGACUUCGCCUUUCCUGACCUGGACAGAGAAGGUUGAUGGUCUUCUGGUCAGCAGCAUUCCGGGAAGAAGAUGGCUCAGCCGGCACCCCUGAACCAGAACCUCCCAGAUCUUGGGGGCCCAUUCUUGUAUCGGGACCAGGACAAUGGAGAGAAGAGCUCAUAUUCUGUGGAAACUCCUUAUGGCUUCCUGCUGGACCUUGAUUUCCUGAAAUAUGUUGAUGAUAUUGAAAGUGGCCAAACACUCAAGAAAGUGCCGCUGCCUCGCAGGGUGAAAGGGUCCCGUGCACCACCCAGCACACUGCGCAGCCCCAGCAGCCACGCCAGCGCCUGGACCUCCACCGAGUCGCUCACCUCCACGGCCAGCGAGGAGGGCAGGACUGCGCUGCUGCUGUCCCCGCACGGCCGAGCAGCCCCGGAGCCUGCGAGCAAGCCAACCUCCCACCCCAUCUCGCCACCGCCAGUGCGGCUGCUCCCACCUCCCACCCGCAAGUGCCUCGUGCCAAACCCACGGGUGGAGAAGACCUUGCUGGAGACAAGCAGGAGGCUGGAGCAGGAGCAGGGCCGUUUGCAGGAUAUUGGUGGUCUCUCCCACGUUGGCCUGCCGGGUGCCCUGGGCCAGCCACCCCACUGGGUGCCAGUGGGCGCCGAGGGCCAGGUGGGCUGGGGCCGGGUGAGCCCCGGCAGCUCGGGGCGCAGCACUCCCGCUGCAGGGCUCGGCACGGCCCCGCUGCAGCACGUGCGGGAGCAGAUGGCUGCAGCCCUGCGGCAGCUCCGGGACCUGGAGGAGCAGGUGAAAACCAUCCCCCUCCUGGAGAUGCAGAUCUGCGAGCUGAAGAGGGAGAAGGCAAAGUUGCUGGAGAAGCUGUCGGCAGAGCCCGGCGAGGCAUUGUAUCACCCCUGUGGCUCUGAGGCAGGGGGUGAGGAGGGGCCCCGUACAGGGCCAGAGAGUGAAGCAGAGCCAGUGAAGGGGCGAACGAGCAAAAUUGCAGAGCUGAGGAAGCUGACAGAGAAGCUGGCAGUGCCGGAGCGGAACGCCAGGGCUUGGCCAGGCAAGAGCCCCAGGGUGGCAGAGCGGCCGUGCCGCUCCGUGGCAGUGGGGGAGGAUCGGGCCAUGACAGAUGCCGUCUUCUACUACCGCUCGCAGCAGGAGAGUGGGGACGCGCCAGACGGCGGCACACGGGGACGCAGGGAUGUGGCUGUCUGGGUGACAGAGUCCUCGCUGGGGCUGGCCACUGAGGCAGAGCGGGAGCUGGAGCUGCUGCAGCAGACGGUAGGGCACCAGAAGGAGGUGAUCACCCUGAUGGAGGGGCACCUGCAGGAGGCCACGCGGGAGCUGGAGGAGCUGCGGCUGGAGGUGUGCGCCCGCCGGCCCCGCGGACAGGUGGACAAGGAGGUGAUGGCCGUGCCACAGGUGGCCGAGGCACUGGUGGAGGCUGUGGUAGUGACACAGAGCCGGGCAGCUGGUGACCCCCCAAAGACAGCAGAGGCAGGUGUGGAGUGCUGCCCCCCAACCUCCUGUGUUGCCGUGGGCUGCCGCCCUGACGGGCGUGACGUGGCAGUUGGACCCGAUUCAGCCACCAGCUGCGAUGACAAGGGCAGCCAGACAGAUGUGGGCAGCGUUGCCCUGGCAGGAGAGGAGAAGGAGCCCGGUGCAGGUGAGGUGAUGGAGCCUGGCCGGGGUGAUGCCCUGAGCAGCCCCUUGGUGCCGGGUGCAGGAGCAACGGCAGGGACGUGCCCAGAGAGCCAAGGCCCUGGGCCAGCUGUGCUGGAGACAACAGACAGCAACCGGGACCCAGCCCCAGCACAGGACAGUGGAGCUGCCCCAAGCCCUGCAGCCGGAGCCCUGAAGUCCAUCAUGAAGAAGCGGGAUGGUCCUCCCCGGAGCGAGGCAGAGGGCAGCAAGAAGAGCCUGCAGUUUGUGGGCGUGCUGAACGGGGAGUAUGAGAGCACAUCCAGUGAGGAGGAUGAAGAAGGCAACAGCUCCUCUGAGAAGGCUUCGGCCGAUAGCUCCAACAGUUCAGAGCAGGGAGACACCGAAACCUCAGAAGAGGAGGCAGGAGAAGGCACCUGCGAGCCCAGACUGGAGUGCAAGGGGACUGAUGUGACCCUUCUGGAGCCCCCUGAGGUGAAGGAAAAGUUCGAGCUGAGCCCCAGGAUGAGGGAGGCCUGCCUCAUUGUCAAGACCCACCUGGGCCACCCGGGUGCUGCCAAGAGCAAAGAGGUGCUUGCCAGCAGCAGCCUGGUCCUUCAGGAGUGGUUCCGUCUGUCCAGCCAAAAGUCGUCCAUCCCUGACACGGUUGCCAACCACCUCCUGGCCUUUGCCGAGCUCUCACCAGCUCUCCUGGCCCACGUGGUGAACCUGGCAGACGGGAAUGGCAACACAGCCCUGCACUACAGUGUCUCCCACUCCAACUUCCACAUCGUGUCGCUGCUGCUGGAUACAGGGAUCUGUAACGUGGACCACCAGAACAAAGCUGGGUACACCGCCCUGAUGCUGGCAGCACUGGCAGCUGUUGAGCAGGAGGAGGACAUGAAUGUGGUCAGGAGGCUUUUCAGCAUGGGCAACGUCAACGCCAAGGCCAGCCAGGCUGGCCAGACGGCGCUGAUGCUGGCUGUGAGCCACGGGCGGCAGGAGAUGGUGGAAGCCCUGCUGGCCUGCGGGGCCGAUGUGAACCUGCAGGACGAGGAGGGCUCCACGGCGCUCAUGUGUGCCUGCGAGCACGGCCGCCUGGAGACAGUGAGGCUGCUGCUGGCCCAGCCCACCUGCAACGUCUCCAUCGUGGACAGUGACGGUAACAAUGCUGUUGCCAUCGCGCUGGAGGCCGGUCACAGUGACAUCGCUGCACUCCUCCACACCCACCUCACCAGCACCAAGGUACCCCAGGAGACUUCACCAACAACCACAAAGAGCCCUGGGAGUCUGAAGAAACCAAAUUAGAGUGACCUUGGGAUCCAGCCAGGGGCCACCACCAGCACUGGGCUGUGAUUCACAUCCCCCACCUGCCACUUCUCUGUGCCAAACCGCUCUGCAGCUUCAGUCCUGCCACAAGCACCAUCCCUGCACCUCCCUCACCCGUCUCCUCCGCUGGACGCACCCACACGUGGCCACCUCACCACCAAGUCACCAGAGCCAAGUGACCUCGGGGCAGGACAUGCAGGGAGCAGAAGCCACCCCAUCCCCUGUGCUCCCUGCCAUGACCACUGGAGCUGUGCCACCUCUGCAAGGAGGAACGGCAGAGACCCAACCCAGCAGAAACAGCACCUGGUUUGUGCUCUGGCAGCUCUGAGAAGGCAGCAGUGCCAGUGACACAGAGCCAGGAGGGCAAGUGACAGGUCCUGGCCCCAGCAGGGACACUGCUCUGCAGGCACAUCUGUUCAGCAAUGGGAGAGGGAAUACUGCCUUGGAUAGGGGUUGGGAGUAUUUCCAGACUCAUAUACUUGCCCUUCUUUUCUGACAUUUCCUUUCCUGGCUGAAAUCUGAUUUUUUUCCUCUUUUCAAGCACGUGCAUACAAAGCAAAAAAAUUAUAUUGCUUGGCCAAGGGAUGAAGUUCAACAUGAAAUCACUUGGGAUUUGAUUUGCUCAAUGGGAGCAAAACCUCUGAGCAGUUAGGGUUGCAGCCAAGUGACAAAAGGGGCUGAGGAUGCAUUUGGGGACUAAAUCUGCCUAUCCUACAACCCACAAGGGGAGCAGGUCCUUCUCCCAAGGAAGAGAGACCAAUUACUUCCUAAACAUUUCCCUGAUUAGCCAGGGAAUUAGGGUCCCACAGACUGCAGCCAGAGCCUACAGCAAAGUCCCUCUGCCCACCUUCCAUCCCAAAAGGGAGAACAGCUGAAGACAACACCAGGAAAAACACAUCGGGCCAGAAGAGCUCAGAGCACACACGUGGAGGCUGCAAAGGGAACAUGAAUGUCACAGAACGUGCCUGUGCAAGUGUGUGAGCACUGUGUGGGGUGGGAACAGGGUAAGGACAAGGACCAGAAGAAGGGUUUAGCAUGGCAAUGCAGCUCUGCUCUGAGCCCUUCACUAAGGUAGGGUGUUGUGGCCCCCAUCCCUGCUCCUUGGCCCAGCCUCCCCACUGCUGCCCCUGCCUGGCCUGCUCUGAGCUGGGGAGCCCCACAGCCCUGCCCAGAAACUUGCUCAGCUUUGCACUGGAGUUCAUAUACAGCGCUUGCUGCACUCCCUAAUACACUACUCUGUUUACUGGUAUUUUAAUACUAAUGUUUAUUUUUAAGAUAUAAAUAAAAUUUAAAGUUAUUUUGAAAUACUACAGUGACAUCUGCAGUCUCCUGCCGCCUUGUCUGGCUCACAACAAACCCUGCAAGAGCUGCAGCAGAGACACAGCCCCUGAGCUGAGCAGGUGACCCCACAUUCCAAGUCAUUCACUGCAACUUUCUGCUCUGGCUACAUCCCUGUCUGGUUUUCUCCCUGCUGGAGUGUCCCAGGCAGCUGCAGCAGUGUCAUUGCCCAUUCUUCUGCAGCCCUGCACCAGCCCUGGUUCUCUGUGGUGCUGAUAUUACACUGCAUCCCUAAAGGGCAAUCACCAGACCAAGUGUGAAGAUGCCAAUUGCCUCCCUUGUCAGGGGACAGGGACCAGGCUGACCCCACAGGGACAUUCCAGAAGCUCUCUAAGGCACUGUAUCCCAGUCACCCAGCUCUGAGGGCUGGCAGGGGCCAGAGCAAAUACUCUUGGGUCACUGGUGAAGCUGAAGUGGGGGAAUGAACAGCAGCCACAAAACUGAACUCCGAGAGGACUUCUGGCACCCCCAGUUCUGAGCUCUGCUGCAUCACACAAGCCAGGGAGCAGAGCCUUGUGCUAACUCUGAAACCCUCAAAGAAUCACAAACUACAUCAAGCAACAGCACAAACACAAGGGUUUUCUCCAUGGCACAAACUCCUCACCUCAUGUUGCCCAUGAGCUGCCCAGGGCACAACUAAGACUGGCAGCAGGGACAAAUCCCACAAACACUCUUUAACAUCAGCCCUAUAACAAUCCCCAGUGCCUGCUCCAGUUCACCACAAUGCAUAUCUGUCCCAGCAGUGCUCUGCUCAGCUUCAGGACACCCAAAUCUUGUCACAGCUGCCACUGAACUGCCUCAGUCAAGCUCAGGACUCUGUAGACAAAACUCCCAUCAGAGACCAUACAUCAGAGGCUGCAGAUCUGACUGCCCAAACACACCACAAACAUGGACCAUGCUAUAAGCAGAUAAAAAAUGCCAAUCCUUAAAAACAUGCCCUUGCACCAGCAGUUUCAAGGCUCAUUCUAAACUUCUCAGCCCUACUUUUGAUUAAUGUAAUAUCCUAAAACAACACAUCUUGCUAACUGAUUUUGUGGUGGAAGAGAAAGCCACAGAAAAGGAGAUGCAGUAGUCAACAGGGGUGCCAAGCACAUGCUGUGGAUGACUGCCAGAAAGGAAAACAAGUGUUAUUUAUGGCAGCAUUCACUGAGCAGUGUACUGAGAACAGACAGACAGAAGCAGCAGGCUGUUGCUUUGAAAGCUGGUACGAGGCUCGACUUUCAACUUGUGAUUUAAUUCCACUGAGGUCCAGUAAGUUUCCAGUGCCACUUCACCAUCACAUACAGAAAACUGUUUACCAGGAAAGUCAGGAUUAAGGCUACUGUAAUCAAAACAGAAUUAUUUUUGUUGUGACAGGUCAAUAAAGGUGCAAUAACAGUGAUAUUACAACGCAGGCACUAUGUGUAACCCCAGUAACAAGCAGGGCAUGUUGCUACUGAACCUGA